AUGACAGCUAAGAUGUCGCCUCUCGACAUACAAAACAGGCUGGAUAUGUUAGAGGCUCGUGCCCAGACACAUAUUGAUGUCCCGCAAAUUCGGGCUAUGCUCUACGGUGGUCAAGACAAGUGGGACACUCAGCGUAAGAUUGUCGAAAUUUUAUCUAAAGACUCUGUAUUUGAUAAAUCGCGAAGAUCGUUCAUGACUCGCAAGGAGCGCUACAAGCGUGGUCUUGCUAUGACCCACCGGGUAUUCGAGCUGCAAGAAGUACACAAAUGGUCCGACGCCGAUGCUGCGUGGGUGAUACGUAACAUGGACGAGGACGUUGCAAUGGUGCUUGAUGUUGGCGUCUUCGAACCCGUCGUUAAAAAUCAAGGCUCCCAGAAGCUGCUCGAAACAUACGGCGAGCUGAUCGCCAACAAGGGUAUCAUAGGAUGCUACCUACAGACUGAACUUGGUCACGGAACCAAUGUGGCUGGCUUGGAGACCACAGCUACGUACCUUCCAGAGACGCAAGAGUUCGACAUACAUUCGCCAACGUUGACCAGCAGCAAGUGGUGGAUCGGAGGUUUAGGAAAGACCGCAACACACGGCGUUGUACAGGCCAAACUUAUUUUGCCGGGAGGGAAGGACAUGGGUCCCCAUCUCUUCUUCAUCCAACUGCGUUCUCUGAAAGACCAUUCCGUGCUUCCUGGCAUCAUGCUUGGGGAUAUAGGUCCCAAGGCGAUGGGUGGUUAUGUGGCCAACGACAAUGGUUACGCGCGGUUCAAUCAUGUUCGUAUCCCUAGAGAGAACAUGCUUUCUGCGUUCGCCCAAGUCAUGGAGGAUGGUCGGUAUGUCCGGCCUCCACACGCGAAAUUGAGUUACGGAUCAAUGCUCUAUGUACGUGCGCACAUGAUUUCAACGAUGGGCUGGGCCAUCGCAAAAGCUGCUACGGUAUCCAUUCGCUAUGCCACUGUACGUAGACAAGGCACGAAAGGCCCAGACGGUCUGGAGAAGCAGGUCAUUACCUAUUCCUCACUUUACUAUAGGCUGUUACCCCUGCUUUCGCGUGCAUAUGUCUUCCUCUUUCUGGGACAAAAUCUGGUGGAGAUGUUGGCCGCUAUGCAGUCUCAGUUGACUACUGGCGAUACGUCACUUCUGGCCGAGAUGCACGCCACUUCUAGCGGAUUGAAGAUCCUCGCGAGCGCAACCGCUAUCCAAGACAUCGAGACCGCUCGUCGCUCGAUGGGUGGGCACGGAUACAGCGACUUCGCGGGACUCGGACGCCUAUAUGCGGACCACCUGCCCGGUGCAACAUACGAAGGGGAUAAUUUCGUGCUGGACCAACAGAUUGUACGGGCGGCGGUGAAGUCAUGCAAGACUCUGCUGGGGCUCAAAUCUACAUCCGCGCUCACGCCCUCUACUGCGUACCUCCGUCUCUUACUUCCGGAAUUUUAUGAUACUCAGCACGCUACUGAGUUUCCGGAAUGGGACGAUCCGAACACCGUCAUUGCUCUCCUCGAGAAGCGCGCUGCUCGGAUCGUUGAGGCGCGGACUUUAGUGGUGGACUGCGACGCAAGUAUGGAUCAGCGUGUCUCCAGAGCCGCAACAGAAGCCUUCGUGGCAGUGCAAGUUGGGAAGAUGAUCCAAUCGCUGCGGAGUCAUCUCGCUGAAUCAGAGGCGGCCGUACUGGCGAAAUUAUUCAAUCUGUACCUGCUCACGACAGUGGAGUCUGGGUUGGUAGAUUUGCUAUCUUUCGGUAUAUUUCCCCAAAACGCGGAGCGGGGCAGGGAUCUCACGGGCGGACUCCGGACGGCGAUCAAGCAACUGUGCCUGGAACUUCUACCGGAGGCAAUAGGUCUCACGGAUGCAUUUGGAUUCACAGAUUGGCAGCUAGAUAGUGUUUUGGGUGUGUAUGAUGGAAGGGUAUACGAGGCGCUCUGGGCACGGGCUCAGACAGAACCUUUGAAUGCAUCAGAGGUGCCCGAUGGCUAUGAGGUGAGCGAUCAGCCGUUGUGCCGUUGUUCAAUGAGCGACUAA